AUGUUCGUAGGAUUCGCGCCCAUAGCUGAAAGGCUGCAGAUCGACCCCUGGAAUCCGAUCAAAGCCGCGCUCGACAACAUGGCGAGCUACUUCCGCCUGGCGACGCUUCCUCUCGAAAGCCUCAAGGCGUUUAAGGAUAACGCCAAGGUCGAGUCCAUCUACAUCCACCAUCCCACUUCCGAUGAGGACGGUCCCUCGGGGUCCACCUUCCUCCUCCAGGCGCUUGCGCGAGAAGGCUUGGACGACCCCAAGUUCGAGCUGACGACAUGUCGGACGGGCUCACUAUCGAGGUCACCCGCUGCGACUGCGCGGGCCAUCAUCCUUCCCCGCUCCAACAGCAGCGACUCGGUGUCCCCGCCGCAGUACUGGUCGUGGGACAUCGCCGCGGACUAUUACGGCGAUGCCGGCUCGCGCGCGAACUGGAAUUGCUCCAGCUACCACAUCUACUCGUGGGACAUCAAGGACGGCGUCGCGCACCGCUCGUUCAAGCCACCGGGCCGACAGUCUGCCGGCGGGAUCGAGCACAUCAGCAUCCUGGUCAAGCACGUCCCGCAGCCGGAGCGCUUCGUCGUCGACCUCAAGGUCGUCCGGUUCCGGCCUGACGAGUUGGCGUCCCAGCCGACGUGGCCCGCGGAGGACUUUCCGCCCUUGCCGCCGUCUACCAUCUCCGGCUAG